AUGAAGCGCAAACAACGCAAACAACGAAAGCAUUUGAAAAAGAAGAAUCAUCAGACUUACAAAGAGAAACCAGCUCAAGAUAAUAGCGAGUUUCAGGAUACCUUCAAGAUAAAUCAAGCCUUGCGAACAGAGAAUUACAGUUUAUUACGAGAAAUAGGUCGGGAAACAGGCUUCAUCAGUGAUGCUAUUCGAAGAAGAGUGUGGCCUUUUCUAUUGCAUUGCACUGACAUAGAUCAAGAUAAAGUAAUUGAAGGCUCCCUUGAUGUACCGCACAAGGAUGAGGAGCAAGUGAAUUUAGAUAUUAUUCGUUCAUUCAACUCGUUUCCUAAAAAUCUUGAGGAAAAGGAUAAAGGAAAGCUUCAAAAGCAAUUGAAAAAUGUGAUUGUGCAUGUCUUACGAUCAUAUCCUUCAUUGCAUUAUUACCAAGGAUUCCAUGACAUUUGCUCUGUUUUCAUACUACUGUUUGAUGAGAUGUACAUGACAAUGGAGCCAGUCUUGAAGCAAUUGACCAUUUUGGAUACCAUCAUUCGUUUGGAGGAUUUAGAGUUGUAUGAUUUUAUAACAGAAGCUGGAGUAUUGCCUUACUACUGUCUUUCGUGGGUCAUUACAUGGUGUAGUCAUGAUUUGGAUGAUUUAGACAAGAUUACUCGACUUUUUGAUUUAUUCCUAUCUUCAAAUCCAUUUAUGGUGAUAUAUUUUGCAGCAGCAGUGGUAUUGUUAAGACGAGAUCAAGUGCUUGCAUUACCCUGUGAUACAAGCACAAUCCACAGCUUUCUCACCAAAUUGCCAAAAGACAUUGAUGUGGAUUCUUUGUGUCAGGCAGCAUGUGAAUUAGAAGAAAAGUACUCUGUGUUUGAGAUACAAUCCCAAAGCACCAUUGCAUUAGAUCAAGUGUCAGCCAUCAAUAGAUUUGAAAGGGACUGGUUGCCAUUGACAUCUUUGCAAGGUAUGAACGAUACGAUUGAGGAUCACAUUAUACCAAUUUUGCAAGAUAAAGGUGAACGCAAGCCAAUCGAGCUUGUGUCCACAGCGUCAAACAAGCAACAUGUGCAUCAAUCCAAAUCCAUCUUGCAAAAAUUGCAGCAAUUGAACAAAAAAGAUGCAUUUUUGUACACACUACUUACUGUUGGAGCUGGUGUCAGCUUAGUGGCCAUGCUUAUGUCGAAUUCAGAUCUGGUGAGGUACGUAUACAUAGUUACAUAG